UGCGCCUGCUUGAGAGUCGGCCAUCGUUCACGUACAGGCGUGCACUACAUUGCCGUGGACGAUAAUUCCAUUUCACGACUCCAGUGAUGACGGUCCAGUCGGCGCUUAGGCGGUUGCGCGUGUGGGUUUGGGGCGAGUACAAGGAGACAGAGACGGAGGAGCGACUGUUGAGGAAGAUCGACGUGGGGAUUCUGACGUUUGCGUGUAUUUCUUAUUUUGUGGCAAGGUUGGACAAUGUCAACCUGGCCAACGCGUACGUGUCUGGUAUGAAGGAGGACCUUAACAUGUCCGCCGCCGCCUACUCCGACCUCACGUCUAUCUACCAAGCUGGCUACUCUGUGGGGCAAGUCCCCUGCAACCUCGCCAUCCUCUACUUCCCGCCGCGCUACUACAUGUCCGCCCUCGUCUUCCUCCUCGCCGUGCUCUCCCUCAGCUGCGCGUUCGCGCAGAACGUGCAGACGGUCUCAGCGCUCAGGUUCCUCGUCGGCUUCUGCGAGUCGGGGAUGUUUUGUUCGGUGAAUUAUAUUCUGGGAAGCUGGUAUGGACCGAAUGAGCUAGCGCGUCGCGCAGCAAUAUAUACUGGAAGUGGCUACGUGGGGUCGAUUAUCAGUGGGGUCAUUCAAGACGGAAUCAACAAGAGCUUGAACGGCAAGCUCGGGCGUCCGGGAUGGCGAUGGCUCUUCAUCAUAGACGCCAUCCUCACCUUCCCGAUCGCCCUCCUCGGAGUACUGACCUUCCCCGACACCCCUACCAAGACCACCGCCUUCUACCUCUCCCCCGCCGAGCGCGCCCUCGCCCGCACGCGCCUGCCCCCGCGCGACCGCGUCGUCUGGUCCCGCGCAGCCAUCCUCGGCGUCUUCAAGUCGUGGCAGCUCUACGUCUUCACGAUCUUCUUCACGAACUUUGGCCUGAUGGAGACGUUUAACUUCAACUCGCUGGCGCCGAUUUGGUUCAAGAGUUAUCCGGAGGAGUUUAGUUUGUCGAACGCGAACCAGUACCCGAAUGGCGUGUACGCAGUUGCUAUUAUCGCUGUCGCCAUCAUGUCUGCUACCUCGGACAACACGCGCAACCGUUGGGCUCCGUCGGUUGUCAUUGCACUGGCGUGCAUUGUGUUCUCGGUUAUUUUCCUCAUUUACCCGGAGAACAACAAGGCGGCGUUGAUGGCGGCUAUCUACGUCCAUGGGAUCGUCUUCGCCGGGCAGUCCAUCGAUUACACGUGGGCGAAUGAGGCGACGAAGUUCAACCCUAUUUUGCGCACGGUGACUCUCGCAGUGAUGAACCUGUCCGCGUAUAUCUUCCUGAUCUGGUAUGGCAUCGUCGUAGUCAACUCAGCAUAUGCGCCGAAGUUCUACAAAUGCGCCGUCGGGACACUGGUCCUGUCCAUCAUCUCGUUCUUCUUUCUGCCUUUGAUUCUGUACCUGAUGAAGAGGGAUCCGAACCUGCAGGACGAGAGCCCUACCGAGUCCGACGAAGAGAAGGACAUAGAGAAGGACAGCAAGGAGGACGCGACUGUUACAGUUACACCUGUCAUAUGAAGACAUCUCAGAGUACUAGUAGUGUACAUCAGACUCUUUUUGGGUACAAUAUCACUGCCUGUAGCG